AAUGUUUUCCUCGUCUUCGUAGUUUUCGUUGGUUUUUGUUUUCGCGUCCGUCGUUUGCGCUCACCGCGCGUUCGCGAACAGCCUUCGCCGCCGUCGACGACGCCUCCGCCGCCGCCGCCGCCGACUGGCUUUCCUGAGUUUUGCCGCCUAUCUUUCCGUGCGCCCGCCACUUGACACUUCGCGCCCAAUCGCCAUGUGAGAAACCUUUGGCAAAAGCUCCGCGAAACGAACAGCGUUGCGCCCCCUCCCUGUUACGCGGCGGCAACCCAUAGACAGUGUUUGGUCUAUAUUAUUGUUAUUUGUUAUUAUGUGUUUUGGACUGACUGCCGCAGACGCCAAUCAAAAACUAAGUAAGUGUUGUUUGUUUGCUUCACCUAUAGUUGGAUGGGUACCUACUUAGUUUAUUCGCAACGUUUUUUUUCGUUUCCGUUUCACUCACUGCCGGCUAUCGUAUAUCAGUAUCGUCUGCUUGUCACUUGCUGCUAGCCGUUCUCAGCUUGUUCGGCUUGCUCGACAUCCCGAAACUACAAAUUACCUUAGGUACCUUAAUAUUUAGGUAGUAAGUAGUAUCGUACAGUAGUUGCUGUCCAUGGCCAACUCGUACGCCGAUCAACCGAGCUUUUAUUCAGGUUUUUUUCGCCGUAGUCCCACUCGGAUUUUCCGAACAGUGUCUAGUUUAUUCUUGUUUUGCGUAAAUUUUACUUACUCAAAAGUUGUUCCGUUUAAUGUUAAUAGACUCUCAGAUAUAGGUAAUCAAUAAUUAUAAUUUUAAAUAUUUUAAAUUGAUAUACAAUAAUAUUUUAAUAUCUCAUAAAUAAAUUGACUUGGUUUGUUGUUGGUUUAUCAUCUACAUAGGUUCACUACCAUAUAAGUCAUGGGACAUUUUUUUAAAAUAAUAACUGCAAUUUUUAAUUUAUUAGUUAUUAAUCAUAACAUUACCUAAUUGUUAAAUUUUGUAACGUUUAAGAUUUAAAAUUGAUUGAGUCUGUCAUAAGUAAUUACCAGUAAUUUCUAAGAUUAAUUAUUAAGAUCAAAAUAUGAAGUAUAGAAUUCUUCAAUGUGUUUAGUGAGAGUUUUUUUUUCAAUAAAUUUAAAAACAUGAUAAAAGUAGUCAAAUGUUUGAAAUCUUAACAAGUAACCUUACAAACAAUAACUAGGUACCUAUCUUCUGAAAUAUUCACUAUCUAAUAAAUCAAAAAUCUAUUUAUUGAAAUUAUUUUAUUUUUUGUAUAUCUAUUAUCAUAGUAAAUUGUUUUGUGACAACAAAUACAUUUUUAAAUAUUGUAUUGUCAAAAAUAAAUAAACAAACAGACCGACUAAAUACGAUGGGAGGGCAACUGUUGCAGGUGAGAGGUUGUGAAGGUAGAUGAGAUAAUAUAGAUUAAUUUGUCUGAUUAGAGAGGUUUCUUUUAUAUACAGGUGUCCAUUAAGACAAGUUUAACUGCCUUUAUAUAGAUGAUAUUCCAUAUGUUAGGUAAAUGCCAUUAUACAGCAAAUAACUUUAUCCAUUGGUCAUUAACGUUAUUGAUCAAAUAAAUACCUAGGCUUCUGCAAUUAUCAUUAUAAUCCAAAUAUUUAUGUGAAUCUCUAGUUUGUCUAUAGUUUAAAAUUAAGUUUAUAUUAUUCAUCACUAUAUAGAAAUAAUUGGUAUUAAUUGUAACAUAUUUAGGUAUUAUUUUUUUAAGUGAAAAAUAAUUUUACUAUAAUAAUAGUGUUAAUUGAUUUAUUUAUUUUUAUAAGAAACACUUAAGCUACAUUUAUUGUAACACAACUUAUUUGUCUCUGAGCAAGAACAAUGUUUAUUGCUGCGACUAGUCUUACAAUGAUACACCGGAUAUCAAUUUUUUCUUGUAUGACAAUAAUGACUACUAAUAUGUUGAGAUUAUCUUCCACUAUAAAUUUCCCCACUUAUUACCUACCCUAAUUUUUACAUUUUUAUUCACCCACAUAAAUUAUAUUGCAACAACAAUACAUAGGGAUUGGUUUUAUUACUAUUGGCAACACUAAUAUUUUUAGCUUCUUUCCUUAGUAUCAACUAUCAGUUAAUUUUUACUAAUUUUUAAUGAACUUAAACGUACUUUGUUUCAAUUUAUAUUUUUUCUUAUAGGACUAUCUUCAAUUUUGUCUUCAUUAAUUAUUGUAUCUUGGUUGCUCUUUCUAAAAUAUCUUAUUGUUAAUGUUAUUAUAUUUAAGCGCUAAAAAAUUUAGAAAAUGUUUGUAUAUUUAUGAAAAGUAUUUGCUGGAAGCUAAAUGGUUACAAUUUAUUGCAAUAACUAGGUAACAGAAAAUAAUUGAACAAUACAAUAACAAUGUAACAAAAUUACAUUUUAAUAAUAUAACAAUAAGAAUUAAAAAAUUAAAAAAAGUGGUCAAUAUUGACAAGUCACAUAAUCCUUGCAAGGGACUCAUUGGUCGUACACACUGGGACAUAGAAAUAAUAGUUGAUGCAGAAAGAAAAAGAUAGUACUAUAUAAUAUAUCCAUUGCAUGAAGAAUGGAGUCUACUAGACUUGAGAGUAGCUUGCUUAUACAUUUUAACUAAUUCUACUAGUGGAGCUAAACAUAUCCACAUAAUGGCUUUUAUUUAUACCUAAUACAGUGAAACUUCCUUAAUAAACAGUCUCAAGGACAACAAAAAAAAAAUUGUAUUUUAGAGAAAUUUGUUAAAUAGAAUUACAUAUUCUUAAAUUAGUUAAUUUUACAUAUAUAUUAUCUUUUUAAUCUUUUUCAAUUUCUUUAAUGGAAGUAAGUUGUAUUAAUAUUUCACUAUGUUUUAUCAAUUAUUUUAUAUGUCUAUGGAUGAGAUUCACUUAAAAAUCACAAUAAUUUCCAAAUUUUUAAGCAUAUAAUGUGCAAAGACAAUAGAAUAAUGUAGUUUUACAUAACAUAUAUAUAAUAAUAUGAUGUAAUAUGGAUGUAUUACAGGAAACAUAUUUUAUGUUUAUACAUUUUUCAUACAUUAUACACUGUGUAUCGAUAAAUAUAUUUAUUAAAUAGUUUGAAAAAAAGACUGUAAAAAAAAUCAUUUUAAUUUGGCACCUACCUUUUUUUAACCCAAUUUUUCACAUAUUGGGCUAACAAUACCUACACUGCAAUUAAAUAAACAUGUUUACUUUGAACUAAAUUAAUAUACUUACAACCAAAUUCUAAAUUAAUAAUUAAUAUGAAUAUUCCUUUAUAUCCUUGAUAAAAACAUAAUUUUAAAAUUUUAAAAUUAUUAACUAUUAUAUUACCUUUUUUGGUAAGUAUUAUAUUUAUUAGAAAACUAAAGGUAUUUGCAAAUAUACUAAUAAUUAUAAUUGUUCAUUAAAAAUAAUUUCUGAUUAUUAUUUUGUAUGUAGUUGAUUGUCUCUAAUAGUAAUUAACUACCUAGUAAGGGAAAAAUUAGUUAAUCAAUUUGUUAUCAGUGCAAUUAAAUUAUCGACACUUAAAUUGUAUAAUAAAUAAUACUAUUGUAUGAUUUGUAUAUGAUAAUAUCAUUGUCAUUAAUAUUUUAAAAUAUAUAUUAUUAUAUAUGUCAUCUCUUUUUUAGAAAAUGGACAAUGAUAAAUCAAAAUUGUCCAUAGAUAAAGCUGACGAAAUGGACAUUGACGAUGAUCCAUGUUCUGAUGAAGAUGUUGAUAAUGGGGCGCCUAUGCUAGAUGAUGAUGACGAUGAUGAUGAUGACGAAGAUGAUGAUGAUAAUGAAGAUAUGGAUGAUGAUCCAGAUUAUCAAGAAGAAGAUGGCUCUCGUGUUUCCACUGAGGCUGCUUCUAUAUCAGUAGAUGAAACCUCUUCUAAUCAAACUCCAAUAGACAUCUCUAUUAAAACAGAAGGUAUAUUGUAUUUUUAAUAGAUAGGUCUGUUUGCGGUGUAUAUGUAUGUUUUAAAUUGUAUAUAUGCAGAUAAAAUUAAUUUUUGUUCAAUAAACUUAUUAAAAUAAUUUAUCAAAUGUACAAUGUACAUACAAGCAUAUAAUAAACAUCUAUAACAUUCGUAUUUAAUACUUAAUUUUAUGUACAAUUGAGUGAAAAUGUUUAAAAUGCUUAUUUUUAGAAGGCCAUUUUGAAGAAACAACAUCAUGUUCACCUGUUAGGAAUACUAUUGCACCUACAUCUUAUGGUAGUCCUUUACAAAUGAAAAAAUUGAAUUUAAAAAUUAAAAGAUGGAGAAGGUAACUAUGUAAAAAAAAAUACUUUUAUUAAAAUAUGAAUACUAAUUCAAAUUAUAUUAUAGAUUUAAAACUUAGUUACCUAAUAAAAUUGAUUAUUUUUCUUAAUAGGGAGGAUGUUGAAAUUAAAUCUCCAGUUUCUCGAAUGGAUGAAAAUAUUCCUGCUUCAUCUUUGGUCGACCCUACAGUUGAUGACAGAAGUGUAUUAUUUCAAGAAACUUGGUAAAUAUGCUUUGAUAAUUUGUUAUGAUUGUCUUUACUAAUAUUUCAAUUUUUAGGCCGGGAAAAGUCUGUGCAUUUUGUAAUUUAGGAGAACGAAGCCAAUUAGGACAAGGGUCACUUUUAAGAUUAGAUUGGGGAAAAGAAUUUAAAUCAGCAUUGGAUGAGUUUAAUAAACAAUUAAUAUCUAAACAACUUGCUCCAAUGCCAUUGCAAUCACCAACUGCUGAAAUGGCACCUACUGUACAGUAUAGAAGACAAAAAUCGGCUGCUAAAUUUAAGUGAGUUUUAAUUAAUACUUAUUAUUCAUUUAUAAUUAUUACCAGUUAACAAAAUUGACAUAUGAAAAUUAAUGUGAUCUUUAUGCUUCAUUAGUUCUUAUUUUAUUAAUUAUAUUAUUUUAGACAACAACAAUUUUCAACUAGUAGUUUUGAACCCGUGGAUGAGCUCAGUGUUAUUGGUCACUUGGAUAUUCCUGACUUAAGUUUGAUAUUUGAACAAAACGAGUCAAAUGGUUAUGUUUAUGUUCAUCAGUUUUGUGCUACUUGGACCCAAGGUGUAAAAUGUGAUACUGCUGAUUCGUUGGAAAAUGUGCCUGAAAAUAUUUUAGAAAGUUUAAUGCGACGGUGUACUUAUUGUAGUCACCUAGGUGCUAGUGCUCCAUGUACAUACACAAAUUGUUUGAAAUUUUUUCAUUACCCCUGUAUCUUUGCGUCUGCUUCAUUUCAAGAGAUGAGUGUACCAGCUUUAAUAUGCAAUUCUCAUCUGGACCAUGUUCCUUUAAUGGGUUAGUAUAAUAUUUAAAAUAUUGAUAAUAUACAUUUUUAUACUAAUAAUAAUUAAUUUUGUACUUUUAGAAUUAUCUGCUAAUGUUGCUUGCGGUAUGUGCUCAACUCUAGGAGAUGUUUCUAAUUUAAUGAUGUGUACAGUUUGUGGUAAUCACUAUCAUGGUGUUUGCAUUGGAAUAGCUCUACUCCCAGGUAUAAAUUAAAAAGAUAAGUUAAUUUAUAAAAAAAAAACUGACAUACUUCGCAAGUGGAUGGGCCACUGUUUUUAGGUGAGAAGUUGGGAAGGUAGUAGGGAAAUUUAAUGUAUAUUUGAAAGCAACAAUUAACCAUUGCUAACGAAAAACGAUUCUGAGUAGAGUUAAUAGUGUGGCUUUCUAAAUAUUAUUUAUGUCAUAUUAUGGUAAAAUAAUUAAAUAAGCAUUAAACAUUUUUUUUUUAAUAAUAUUUAAUAUUGUACCUAUUUUCCUGGUUUUCUCAUUUGUUAAAAAAAAAAAAUCAUAAAAUUACCACCCUAAAGUGCCACUUCAAUCAGAUUUCUUUUCAGAAAAAGUGCUAUCAUUAUACACCCAAGUAAAAUUCCUGGUAGAAAAAUUAUUCGCAGAUAAGAAAAAAAAAAAAAAAACCAAUAUAGUCCUUACUCUGUUCAAAAUCUAUUUUUCUUGGUAUGGUAGGAAAAUCAUAAGUUUUGGAUACGCAUGAUGAGGUAGCAUAGAAUAGCAUAUAAAAAGGCACUUAACUACUUAUCACUUAUAUCUACGUAUUAAUUUUAUUCUGUAAAAAAUGUACACUAUUUUAAAAUAAAAAAAAGCUAUAAAGUAAAUUGUAUGUUUUAAUUAAGGAGUAAGAGCUGGUUGGCAAUGUGGUAAUUGUCGAAUUUGUCAAGUUUGUCGGCAACCAGCUGAACAGACUAAAGUCAUGUUAUGUGAAGGCUGUGAUAAAGCCUAUCAUCCUGGUUGUUUGAGACCACAAGUGACAACUAUACCUAAAAUUGGAUGGAAAUGCAAAGUAAUUAAAAUUUAAUUUAAUUUUUUUAACAUCAAUAUCAAAUUAAAUUAAAAUGAUGUUAUUAUUCUUAUAAAAUUGCAUGUAUUUUUUAUGCUAUAGUUAUGUAUUAACUAUUUUAUUUCAGUGUUGUCGUGUGUGCACUGACUGCGGUUCUCGUACCCCAGGUGCAGGAUUAUCUUCUCGAUGGCAUGCCCAUUAUACAGUUUGUGAUUCGUGUUAUCAACAACGUAAUAAAGGUUCUUCUUGUCCACUUUGUCAUCGAGCAUAUCGAGCUGCUGCUCAUCGAGAAAUGGUUCAAUGUAUAUCAUGUCGAAAAUAUAUCCAUGGUGCUUGUGAUCCUGAGGCUGAAUAUAUAACUAGCCAUAGUAAAAGUUCAGCGUCUGAGUAUAUGUGCCCAAUAUGUAAAAACGUUGUGACCCAACGUCGUGAUGGUUUUGAUGAACUUGGAGAUUCAAAUAGCUCAAUUGAUCUUUUGCAACCUGAACAUGAUACAGAAUACAAUAAAGUAUGUACCUUUAAAAUAGUAAUAUUAUUGAAUAUUAAGUUACGAAUAUUAUAUUUUGUGUUAUAGAAUAGUAAAGAUUUUGAUGAUGGUCGAACGGUUAGUGGUUAUGGUUUAGGCAAAGGAAAACCAUAUGCUGCAAGUAAAGUAGCUAAGAAAAGAUUAUUGUUUUCUGGUUAUGCUGGCCGCUCCAAAGGAUUAGGCAAAUUAAAUGCUGCACUAAAGCCCAUGUACCAGAAAAAAGGACAGCGUCCUGCUGAGUUUCCCAGAAAAAGACCUCGAGGGAGAAUGCGAGGGAUAUUUGGUGUACCAGGUCUUGGAUUACAAGUAAGAAUUUAAGAAACUUUCCAUUAAUGUUGUUGACAAUUUAUUUAUUUAUCCCUUUUUUAGAGACCUUUGUCUGAUGUGAGUUCCAAAAGUACAUCAAAUGAUGUUGAUCCUAGCAAUGAAAAUCGUAUUGUCUUAUGCUCGGCUAAGGAUAAAUUUGUACUUGGCCAAGAUAUAUGUGUGAUGUGUGGGUCAUUGGGUACUGACCAAGAAGCAUGUCUAAUUUCAUGUUCUCAGUGUGGUCAGUGUUAUCAUCCUUUUUGUGUCAAUGUCAAAGUGAGUUGGUAGAAUAACAAUUUUAUUUUUUAAGAAUUCUAUUUUUUUUUUUUCUUAAUUUAAUCUUACAGGUCACGAAAGUUAUUCUUCAAAAAGGAUGGAGAUGUUUAGAUUGUACAGUCUGUGAAGGUUGUGGACAACGUAAUGAUGAAUCUAGACUUAUACUUUGUGAUGAAUGUGAUAUUUCUUAUCAUAUUUAUUGUACUGAUCCAAAACUUGAUUAUGUCCCUAGAGGAACUUGGAAAUGCAAAUGGUUAGUAAUAAUUGGUUUAGUUAACUAACAUUUUUAAUUAUUUAUUUUGUUUAUAAAGGUGUGCACAAUGCUUGACAUGUGGGUCAAAUGAUCCAGGUUUCAAUUGUUCCUGGUUAAAUAAUUAUACUGAAUGUGGACCAUGUGCUUCGCGAAAUACUUGUCCAUCAUGUCAAGAAUUAUAUACUGAUAGUCAAUUAAUUAUUAAAUGUUCUCAGUGUGAUAGGUAAAUUUUAUUAUUUUGGUGAAAUUAUUAUUAUUAUUAUUAUUUUUAUGGGUCUUUAUUUUAGAUGGCUUCAUGGGAAAUGUGAUAAGAUUGAAAAUGAGGAUGAUGCUGAAAAAUGUGCUGAAGAAGAAUAUUGUUGCUUAUUAUGUCGCCCACGUGGAACGGCUCCACCACAUUUAACUCAUGUUUCCAGUCCUAAAAUGAAGCAGAAAAUAUCAUCGCGGGAUAAUAGUCCAGAUGGGUGUAGAGGGGUCACAAAUGAGUACUGUAUGGAUGGUAUUUAUUUAUCUGAAUCCGGGAUUCAGCAUAUGAAGUAUCUUACUAGUGGUAUAGAAAUAUCUCACCAACGUAAAAAGCGAAAAGAUAUGAAGAAAGCACAAAUGGAAAAAGAAGCUGCGAUUAUGGCAGCUAUUGAAUCUGUUGUGUGUAAUAGUAGAGGUAAAAUAUUAUUAAUUUUUAUUUGUUCUUUUAUAUUUUAAUGAUAAUAAAGAAUAUUAAUAGUUUUUUUUAUAGAAUUCACAACCAUUAAAAUAAUUGGAUUUUAUUAAAUUAUUUUUAUUUUAUUUUAGAUAAUAUAAAUGAUUCUAUAGAUCUACAUGAUGAUGUAUAUAAAAUGGAUUUUGAUGACAUCAAAGAAGAACCCAGUGAACCAGAACCAGUAUAUAAAGAAGGGAUGAUAGUUCCACCACGUGAUGAUGGCCGUACUCCAGAAGCACCAGAAGGUUUUAGUAUUUUGACAUUAGAAUCUGGAGUAAUGGUACUACGCCGAAAACGAGUUAGGAAUCUUCAAAAAUUGGGUAUUGGAGGAUUUGUAGUGAGAGGACGGAUGCCCCGAAUUAAAGAUAAAGAUGAAGAAAAUAUUCAAGAUGGUGAUGGUGAUGAUAACAAGCCUAGAAGAAAACCUAAUCGGUGGAGAAAACCCAAGAGUAAAAUUGCUGAAAAUUAUCCAAAUUAUAUACAAGAUGCAUUUUUUGGUCGAGAUUUAUUGGAUGCAAGCAAUGUUGCUGUGCAGAUUUUUGACAGUAGCGAGUCUGAAGAAGUAGAAGAAAAAGAUGAAGAUAUCAAAACUAUUGAUCUUUCUCAGGUUAGUUAUAUUUAAAUAAUAAUUUAUAAUAAGUUGUAGGUAAUAGUGCAUAUAUUUUAAAUGUCAAUUCAAUUUUUAAUUUAAGGCCGAGUUAAAAAUUAUGGAAGAAAUUAAAGUAAAACAACAGCUAACAAACGAAAUAACCAAGACAUGUUUGAAUAUCAAAGAAGAGAGGAUUGAGCAAAACGAGUCGCCAAAAAUUGUUGAAAAAGUAUGAUUUUAAAUAUAAUAUUUAUUAACAGUACAAUUAGAAUCUAAAAUAAUAAUAUUAAUUUUCAUAUUUACUUUCAGUUGUUAAAUAGAUUUAAUUUAAAUAAUAUUUAUUUCAUAAUUUUUUAAUUUUUGUACCCAUUUAAUUUUAAUUAUUUAGUUUAUUAAAUUAUAACAUUCAAGAUAAUUUUUAUUUUUAAAAACACUAAUGUUUUAUUAAACAAUAUUUUUGUAUAAUUUACAACAAAUUUUGUUAUAAUUGAAAUUUUUUUUUAAAUUUAUCUGCAGAUGACAUUUAAAAAUAUUUAAUAUGUCCUAAACAUUAUUAGUGGGAUAGGCGAUAGACAUUACUAAGGCUCGUAUACUAUAAAAUUCGUUAUUUUUUUUAUGGAAUAUAGAUAAAAAUAGAGCUAUAUUUAUGUUAUGUAUAUGUUUUAUAUUUCUGGUAUUUCAAAUAUACAAUUUUAUAUUACAUGUUAUUCUAUAUUUGAUGCAUUUUAGACUUUAAGUGUUAUUUUCUAGUUGAGGUGCAUUUUUUUGUUGAUAUGCACAAGUACGAUUUAUUGUGUGGUUUUUCAUAAAUUUACUUUAAAUUAAAUGAAUAUAGUGGUACCAAUUGUUACCAAUUAUAUUACUAUUAUAAAAUGUAAUAUUUAGUAUUUUUACUUUUGUAAGCUACUAAUUCAAAAUUAUCAAAAAUUUUGAAUAUUGGACAAUAAUAAUAAAAAAAAAAUUUUAUCACUGCUAUUUUCUAUGUUUUCAGGGCAUAUUAAAGCGCAUACAUUUUGAGAUUUUUUUAGUAAUAUAAUGUAUCUUUCAAUACCUUAUUGUACUAUAAAAUCUGAGCUUAGGUCAUUAGUAUUUGAAAUAUGAUUGGAAAUAAAAAAAAAAAUUAAAUUAAUAAAGAUUUUGAAAAAUUAAAUUAAUAAAGAUUUUGAAAAAUUAAAUAAUUUAUAUUGAGAAAUAAAUUAAAAAAUUGGGCUGUUUUAUUUUAAAUAUCUUUUGUACAUAAAAUAUAAAGUAAGUUCUAAUUUUCUGAUAUUUCUUUAUUUUCAGAUUCAGAAAAAAGAAAUUUCAUCUACGAAUGAGAAAGAUGCUUUGAAAGAUAUUUUGUUAUCAGAUAAUUUAUUAGAUUCAAUUAUGAAUGAACAAACUACUAAUAUUAAGACAGAAAUAGAAGGUACUUGCAUUAUAAUUUUUAUAAUUUGCAUUAAUACUUUAUUUUGUAAUUUUUUUUAGAUACAGGUUUAAUAGUUGAAGAUCCACCUGACUUGAGUGAUAAUUGUUCAUCAGCCCAAAAAGACGAAUUUAGUGAAAUUUUAGGUUCUCACUUUAACCUUGACUCAAUGGUCAGAGAAACCGGUAAGUUUUUAUUUUUAAUUAGGAAUGUGUAUUAUAUGGUUGCAGUCAAGUGUAGUUGAGAAAUGUGAAUGUGAUUGAGAAUGAUAUGAGGAUGGCGGGUGUAUGUAAGUAUAAUGUUAGGGUUCGAGUCAAGUGUAAGUUUAGGACAAGUGUGGCUGAUCCCAAAUAGUUUGGAUGAAGGUAAAGGAAAAGAAGAAGAAUGUGCAUAUAAUUGUAUUAAAAAUAUUAAAGAGGUUUCUUUAAUGCAGCAGUUCCUAAAUUGUAUUAUUUUCAAGCGUACCCAAAAAUAAGAAUAUAUUCUCACACCUUCCAGGAUUGAAUAAUAUAUUGAAUAAAAUGGGUUCAAAAUUAUUGUUUUUGCGUUUAUUCCCAUAUUAUUAAUAUAUAUCAGUCAGGAAACAAUAUUAGAUAAAUUUAUAAAUUUGAUCUUGUGUAACUAAAUGUAAAAAAAAAAAAUAUAAAAAAAUGUAGGGAAUUUAAUUUAUUUAAAGUUGUCUGUGUGAUAAAUUCAAAUAAGUUUUUAGAAAUUUUACUUAAAUUUUUAUACUGAACGAAUGUUAAUUUAAUAAAUCAAAAAUUAGCCUUAUAUAUUAUUAUUAUAUCUAAUUUAAUAAUUAGAUUUAUAUGUUUUUAUUGUUAGAGGGUAUAUAUUUUAUUAUUAUUUAUUUCAUUGAAAAGAUAACGGGCCCCACUGAACAGGUUUGUGUGGGAGCAUUAUGUUUAUAAAUUAUACAUUGAUUAUAUAUUGACACAUUAUUUAUAUCUUAAAUAUAAUAUACUGAGUAACAUAAGUACAUUGUACAAUUAUGGUCUACGUAUUAAGGCUUCAUUGUUAAUAAUAAUAAUAAAUUUGAAAAAUCAUUUAUUCUAAUUGUUUUUUGCUAUUAAUCUUUUUUCAAUUACUCUGUAAUGUAAAGGGUCAUACAUAAAGUAAUAUCAUGAAAGUAAAAAAAAGACCCGAUACUCUUGAUGGAUGUUUUACUUUUGGCAGAAUAGGAUACAUAAAGAAUAUCUGUACUAAAAAAAAAACCAUUGUCAACAAAAUACAACAUUCAAAUAGAAUAAAUACAAAUUUUUAAGUAAAGGAUGUGGACUAGAUUAUUUUUUUAAAAAUAGGUUUUAAAUGUAAUUUAGUUUACAAUGGUUUACUUAUUCUGACACUUUAUUAAAAAGUGCAUUCAAUUAUAAGAAAGUUUCACAGAAACCUUAUGUUUGCCUUUUAUGAAUGUGGUCAAAUUUUCAAAAGAUUUGAGUUAUUUUUAAGCUACAAAACAUUUUAAUUUUGCAAGUUUAAUACAUAAUAUUUAUUCAGUAGGUACUCAGUGGAUUAAAUUGUUAAACUUAACAGAAAUGCUUGACAAUUUUACAGGAGGUUUAUUAUAAGUGGCACUUGGUGGUUAACAAGAAAAAGUUGAGGUUAAUGUAAUACAUUUUUUUUUACAUAAUUUUAAUAUCAAAUUUUGACAAAAAUCAUAAAUAUUACAGUCUUUUAUAUAUGUAUAACCGAACUUCGCUCAGAAUUGUUUUUUCUUUAGCAAAAAUUUAGCAAUCGAUAUACAUUAAAUUUCCCUCUAUAUCCUACCUUUCCAAUUUCUCACUUAGUAAGUGAGAACAAUACUCAACAGUAGCCCAUCCAUCGUGCUAAGCAUGUUUGCUAAAUAGUUUUUUAAAUACCUAAUUGUUAAUUGACAUAAUAAUAACAACAGUAAUCAUCAAAAAAAUGUCUAUUAGAAAUUACUAAAAACGUAUUUGAGUUAAUUUAUUAAAACAAAUUUUAAUUUAAAUAUUUAUUAGUUUUUUUUUAUCAUUUUUAUUUAUGAACGUAUAACCUAAGAUAUAAUAAUUGUAGAGGAUAACAAUGUUAUUAACCCUCAAGGAGUACGUGCCUUUUUUAAUGUACAUAGUUAUUUAGGGGUCUAUCAGUAUUUCUAAAAAUUUGUAAAAUAUAUAAUGUGAGUUCAUUUUUUUUUUUAUUCAAAUACGUAAUAAAAAAUAUAUAAAAAUGCAUUUACGUGUAAUGAAAAAAAAAAAAAUAAAAAUAAAUACAAAACUAUUUCAUUGUUAUUCUUUUUUUUUUUUUUUGUAAUAUUUAAAUUUUAUUUUUGAUGAGAGUUAAUUAGACCCCCACAUGUCUGUUCAAGGGCUUAUAGGCUAUAUUGAAAAACAUAUAAUAAGUGAUAAUAGUAAUAGUAGUAGUACUUACAACAGAAUUAACAAUACACAUAACCUUAGACAUUUAGCAAAAUAACAAUAUUAAUUUAAUUUAUCUAAUAGUUAUUAACUUAAUUACUGAAGUAAAUGGUUAUAAACAACCAAUAUUUUUUUAAAUAUAUAUAGUUCAAAAUAGUUAUAAACUUUUUGUCUAAUUUAUAUCUCUUAUGUAUGUUAAUAGAUAGUAAAAUGAUAGAAAUUAAUGAGAUAAGUUAAAUAUUAUAUAAAUUUAAGAAUGUAAAAAUAUAUUGAUUAGCACUUAGAAUUGUAAUGUGUUGGUUUUGAAUCAGUUUAAUUAAUUAUAAUUGUUUUCCCAAAAAAACAUAUUUAAAAUUAAUUUAUACAGUUUCAAUAUUGUUGGUUUCUUCUUUUUGAAAUGGAAAGUGUUUCAAAACUUCACAUAGGUUUGGAAAUCCUAUUAAUGUUUUAUUCAUCAAUUUAGCUACCUAUUAGAAAUAAGGGUGAAUGACCUACUGCGUACAUAUUAAUUUAUUUAAAUGUAAAAUAAAACAAUGAAUUUGAGAUUAUAAAACACAAAUUUGCAGUCAACCUUUGGUUACACAAGAAUUUUGUAUUUCAGGAGAUUAAAUAUUUUACAUUAGUAUUAUAGAUUAUUUUAAAAUUGAAAUGUGUAAAGCUUGUUUUUAAUUUAAUAUGUUUUAUGUUUAAUAAAUUAUUCAUUUUUUUUUCUUAUUGUCGUAACGACAUUUUAAAAUAGUCAAAAUGAGAUAGUAAACAGUUAAUUAAAUUUAAUUACAUUUACAUUCAAAACUGUCUAUGAAACAAAAUUUUACUCUAUUUAAGGUUUGCCAAAUAUGGAUAGUAAAGAUGUUGAAGAGAUAUUUAAAGUUGUUUUAACUGAUGAUGCGUCACAAGAAUCUCAAGAUCCAAAUAACUCAAAUAUGUUAUUAAUGAGUAACAAUAAUAUGGGUGUUAUCCCACAAACUCAAAGUGGAGUUGUUAUGGUUCAAAAUCAGAGUCAUACACCAAUAAUGUCUCCAUCUCGUACAGGUACACAAUUUACAGCCGAGUUUUAAAAUAUUGGUUAUUAAAUAAAAUUUGUUUAUUUAGGCUUGCCAACUAGUAUGUCUCGUGGAAAGGUACCAGCACCAGCAUUACCACCAGUAGUUACCAAUAUGCCUUCUCCUAUAUAUCCUGCAAUGUCACCAUAUCAUUCUGAAUAUAGCAAGUGAGUAAUUAUUAAAUUACAUCCAUUAUACAUAAUUGUUAAGAUUUUAAAAUUUCUAAUAUAUAUAUAUGUAUUAUUUUAUGAAACUCCAUAGUAGUCCAUCCCAAUUUAGUCCAGCAUUUUCUGAACCUCACAGUCCUUGGGUUCAAAAUAGUGGUGGUGAAGACAGUUUAGAAGGUGUUGGAUCUCAGUCAUCAGCAUUAAAUAAUAAUCAAAGAAAUUCUCAAAAAAUGGAAGCAGAUGAAGCUUUAGGAUCCAAAGCUACAAUAUCAGCUGUACUUUAUGCUAAUCUUACUCAUCCUGAAUGGAAAACAGAAUUUCCUUGUAUGUUACAAACUUAUUCCAUACUUUUUGUAUUAUAUUAUAUUAUAUAUCUUACUAUAAGUAUAAUAUUUUUUUUAAAUAUAUCUAGCUUGGCCUGAAAGAUCUAGACAAAUAUUAAAAAAAUGGAGAACAUUAUCUCCAGAGCAAAAAAGUCCAUUUUUGUUAAAAGCAAGAGAAAACAGGACUAAUCUAAGACAUAAAAAAGCACAGCAGGUAAGCGUUAAUAUUUUUGUGCAUUUUUUAUUCAGAAAAAUUAAUUAUAUCAUAAAGCAUUUCACAAAGGUUUAUGCAAAUUAUGAAAUAAAUUUAGCAUUCAUCGUGGGAGCUUUACAAUCAUAUUAAGUGGGAUAAAUUUAUAAUGUACAUUAAAAACCGUAAUUAUAUAUUAUAAUUCCUUUAAAAUUCCUCUACUUGAAAGUAAAGCUUUUUAAAUGGGGCUUAAGUUAAAAAUUUACCUAUUUGUGUGUGCUUAUGUGACUUGGCCAAAACGCUUUUGGUGUUAAUAUAAAUUAUGAUAAAACAUCAUAUUAUCUAUCCAUAUGUUUUAGGCCAAUCACAAAUUACAGCGUUUUGCACAUUUUUGGGAUUCAUUGAAAACAGAUAAAUUAAAACAAUAUUGGUUUUAUAUUAUUGGUUAUGUCUAGCUGUUGAUUAAUUUUAAAGCACUAGUAAUUUUUACACUUGCAAUUUUUAGAUUUAAACAAUUCACAUAAACCUAAAUAUGUUAAAAAUAGAAUUAUAGUUUCAGGAUCCUAAAGUUAAAACUAUUUUAAGUGUUAUCCUAUUUAAGUGUCCACCUUUUUCCUAGGAUUAAGCACAUAGAUUGAUUCUUAUACUUUUACUAGUAUAAUAUUUCUUGAAAAUAUUUUAUAAAUAAUAUUAUUUAUUAAGAAAAUAAAAUAAAAAAAUUUAAUAUUUAAUAAAUAUUAUAUAUUGAUUUGGUUAUUUGGGUGUUCAUUUUGUAUGUGACUAGGUUUAAUAUACGACUUAUUUAUUGUACAUGCACUUGCUUAUCUUUAAAAUGUUAAACAAGGUGUUCAUUCUAAAUAUUUGGGAUUGACCUCUCUCGUCCAAAACUUCCACUCGACUUAGUCUCUAACAUCACAUACACUGGUUGUUCUAAUAUUCUCAAUUGUACCCAUUCACUUUUUUUUUCAGUUUUUCUCUCUCUUGCUUUCCUCCAUGUUUACUAUCAUUAAAAUUCUUAUUGCUUUGAUUCAUCACUUCUCAUGACAUACCUAAACCAUAGUCUAUUUUCUUUCAUUUUGUUUAUUAUUGAUGCCACGGCUAAGCUACUUCAUAAGUACUCAUUCCUUAUCUUAUUUUUCUUGUCACUUCACUCAUCCAUCUAACUAUUUUCAUCCUUUCUACACUUGUUUUCUGUUUUAUUUUUCUGUUGUUCAUUCUGAACCGUACAACAUAGUCGGUCUCACCUUACAUUAGUAGAACUUACCUUAAUAUCUCAUUGGAACUAUCUUGUUACACAAAACACCUGAUUCUUCCUUUUACUUUAUCUAACCUACUCUUCAUUCAUUCUAUGUUUCAUAUUCUCAUAAAACGCCACUGUUCUUUUGCACAAAAGAUCCUAGGUACUUAAACAUUUUCCUUAGUCUCAAUUCUUUAAAUACUUUAUACUCUUCAUUAUUCAAGCCUAUUGUUAACUUCCAGAUUUUCCUGUUGUCCCUUUGUACAUCCGAGAGGGGACAACCCGUCUUUGUUUUGUUUAGAACUUCUCAUACUGUUUGACUUUAUUUUAUAUAGACUUUCAACUUGACACAAUCUUCUAAGAAGAAGAGUUAUCUCUUACAACAGGUAGUAGUACAGUGGGAGUAUUCUGAUCCCCUGCCUCGGGGAUUUUGUAAAUGCUUAUUAAAUUACUUUCAUAUAAUUUAUUAUAAUGUAUAAAACAAACAAUAUUUUACCUCGUACUCUGAUCUAAUUCAUAUCGUGAAAAAUUUACAAGGUCACAUCGGCCUGAGUAUUCCAAUAAUAUAACAAUCAUAUUACAUAUACUUUAUCGUUUUUAUUUAAUUUAAUAACUUACAUACAAUAUUAUAUAACUCUUAAUAUUCAGAGCAACUUGUAUAUCUUUAUAAUUUUAUUAUAACUAUAAUAACUGGUUUUUACCUAUGUGUAAACUUACCUAUUACGUAUGUUUGAAUAAAUGUUUCUAGUUAAAUUUUUAUCAUAAUAUAAUAAACCAAUUUUUGUUAUAAAUAUCAUAGUGAUACAAUGAUGUAUACCAAAAAAAGCAAUUGGUGAAAUGUAGAAAUCAUCACUAUACGACUACACUUAUAGUGAUUUUUUUUAAUAAACACUUUUUUGUUAUUUUUGUUUUUUUAUCAUUAAAUAUGAUCAAUAAUUUCUCAAAACAAAAAUUAUUGGUACUUAAUAGGUCACAUAUUUAACAAAUACCUUUUUUUGAUUUAAUUUUAAAUAAUUGUAUGGUUUUAAUAAUAGUGAUAGUUAUAAAAAAAAAAUAAUUCAAAGAAAUAUAUUAAUCUAAGUAUUAUUGAUUUAAGAAUCUUUUUUUGUACAUAGUUGUAUACAACUAUAAUGAAAUCUUUUUUCUUAGGUUUCAAUAAUUAUUUAAAGAAACGGCAUUUUCAAAAUGUUAUUUUUUUCCUUUCUAAAAAUAAAAUGUGUUUGCCAUCGUAAGAGUGUUAGGGUCUUAAGUUGAUUUGUUCUCAUUGUAUUGCUUUUGGGAUUUGUUUCUUUAAUGGCACCCGUUCUAUAACAACAAACAGGCCGUGAAGGAUGACAGUACCAGUGGCGACAACCGGACCAGUUCAACAUCUAGUGCUACCCAGAGUCCGACGAUUAACAAUGGAGAGGUGUGUCCCACCAAAGAACUGAUGCAACCCGCAAUACUAAUUGCCGCUGGUGAUGGUCAUACUAACUCACAAUCCCCUCAGCCUACUGAUCCUGAGCUUGAACCUAAUCCACCUCAGCAAACAUUUCCUACUACUAUUCCUACUCAUCCAUCAACAAUACAAUACAUACCAGUUUUACCUAACCCUCCAUCACCUAAUCCUGUUAAUUUACGUACAAUUCACAUUAUUCCUGCUGAAAAAAAUUCUACUGAACCAAUUCAGUAUCAAUAUGUGGCAUCAGGGUCAUCUGAAAGGGGCACUUUGCAUUAUCCACCAAAUAGUAUUCACAUAAUACAAACAGUUCCGUCGUUAAUAAUGUCCAAUUCAAUAUUAGCUACAUUAGACACUAAAAAUCAAACUGAUUCACGUAAUAACUUAUUACAUAUAAUCACAUCACAGCCAACUGGCACAAUACGUAAUGUUCAGUUGGUAAGAAAUGAAUCAUCAUCAGCUGGCACUGAGGGAGCUAAAACUAACAUAACCGCUAGCAGUACUAACAAUUCAGUCAGCACUUCACCUCCGCUGUCUGACCAACAAAUACGCGUACUAACACCAUCUGAGAUAAUGCGCACACUCCCGUCCCUUGGUCAAGAGACUUAUGACCCUGUGGUGAGCGUUCACUUGCACGUUCUGGGAAAUGAUUUUCUUUGGAUAUUUAUCAGUUCAGCCUAUUUCUUCUUCUUUUUUUUUAAUAAAUACAUUUAUUUUUUAUUUUUAGUAUACUCCCAGCUAAUCGUAUAUGCUUCUAAAUCCAUAAAUAAUUUUUAGUAUUUACUAUCUAAUAUUUUUUAAUGACCUAAGUUAUUUUCAUUAUCUCGUGUUCAGACUAUAAAAUGCUGUUAUCGAUUUGCAUUAGGUAUCUUAACAUUAUUAUUAACUUAAUAUUGUUUGGUGAUGGAUUUAAAUGAUAGUAAUAUUAGGUUGAUAUUAUAAUUGUGUUCAGAAAGUAUAGGCCAAAUUAAAUAACUUUAAUAAUACGUUGAAAUAAUAUGAUAAUAAAAUAUUUAUUUACUAGGUAUCUUAAUAAAGAUUCAAUAAAUGCAUUAACUUUUGCUCCGUUCAAUAUUUUCAACUUUUUUUUAUAAUAAUUUAUAAAGCUUUGCUAUGAUUACUUUAUUUUAUAUUUUUCAAAAUUAAGAAUGAAAGUUGUUUUUACAAAAUCCAAAAUAGCCAUUUUAUAAUUUUAUUGAAAAUAUAGUGAUUUUGAAACAAAAUUUUGGUAUUGCAAAUAUUUACUAGUAAUGAAUCGUUAAGCUUCUAAAAUGUUUGGAAGUUUACAAACAUUAUUAAUAAAAAAAAUUUGUAUUAUGUAAUAGUAUCAAUGAAAAUAAUUAAAUUAUCUUAACCUUUAAAAAAUAUUAUUGAUCAAUUCAAACAUUUUUCAAUGAAAAAUAAAUUUAUUAAUGAUGUUUUGUGUUUGUUUCAUGUUUACUAUGACAAAGCAUUAGUAAAAAGAAAAAUGAUUUUUUGUAAAUUUAAUGAUUAAUCGUUGGUAAUAUAUGUAACACCAAAAUUCUGUUUUAAAAUAUAUUUAUAACAUGGCUAUCUUGGAUUUUAUAAAAACAAUUUUUUUCAGCAAUUUAAAUUUUUAUUUUAAUUUAAAAAAUAUAAAAUAUAAUAAUAAUAAUGAACCAGAUCAAUAGUUUUGCUUAUGUGUUGAAUCUUCGUGAGACAUGUAUCAUCAUAUAUAUUUAUAUAUAUAUAUUUGUUAAAUUCUUUGGGAUUUGAUUAUAAUAAAUAAUGAUUAAAUUUUAAAUACAUACAUAUAAUUGUAUUUGAAAUAGUCAUGAUUAAACUGCAUUACAAUCUUUGUAUACAUUUGUAUGUAUAUAUCUUAUAAAAAAAAACAUAUUUAAAAAAAUUAAAUGAUAGUUUUUAUAUUAUUGCACAUUAUUUUGAACCUUUUAAGUACAUACAAAUUUGGAUUUAAAUUAUAAUUGAGAUAUAUUUUAAAGGAUAUUGAACAAUAAUUCCUAAUUGACAUAAGUUUUUAUAUUUGGGAUAUAUUUUCUGACACAUUUAUUCUUUAAAACUAGUCUAAUAAUUGCUGUAGAAAAUAAUUUUAAAAUUUUAGCAUGUCGUGUGGUAGAUUUUGUAGAAUACAAAGCUUAUUUUUAAUUUGAGUAGUUAGUUGAAUUAGUCGGUGUGUGGAUAAUACUUAAUAAAUAUAUUUUGUACUAUAUCAAUAAAAAAUUAUAUAUUAUUUAACAAAAUCUAGUUUGUGGAUGUAAUUUAGUAGGGCUACACAAAAUUCAAAAUAGUAUUAUUAAGUAAAUAAUGUAUUUUUCUGUAUGAAAAAAAAAAAAUGGGUGUCUGGUGAAAUUUCUUCUAAAUUUAUGAAUUAAUUAUAAUUUGUUUUUCUAUUUUAUUUUUGUUUAUUUUUUUUUGUUUCGUCAGAUGCAUUAAUAAAUAAAUAAAAAAAAAAUUUGUUUAGCUUUUAUUCAUAUUUGUUACUUCAUAUUAAUCAAAUUGAUUGUUUACUUAUUUGUAUAGAGUAUUUUAAGAAUAUCAUUAACAGUUAACUCUUUAUGGUAAUAGGAUCAAGAUAAAAUGAUGUCUCAACAGAGAUCACGUGAAGCAGAAAAUGAACGUCAGUGGAAACAGUUACAAGCAAUGCGACAACAACAGACACAAGCUGCUCAGCAGCAGCAAGUAAUGCAAGAUCAACGUAAUCAAAGUAAAUUAUAUAAUAAACUGUGUAACUAUUUUAUUUUUAAGUAAUGAUUUUAAUUAGAAAAUAUUUGUAUAUUUUCCUAUUUAUUUUAAAGUUUAUCAAAGAGUACCAGUUCAUCAACGAAAUCUUUCUAUUGAUACAAAUCAGUUUACUAAUUCUGACCAACAAGUGCUGGUGCAUGCAUCAAAUUUAACUACACAGUUACAAGUUUCUACUAACCAGGUAAUAUGAAUUAAUUGGUUCAUUUAAUGUAAUACUAUUUUGAACUCAUAAAUUCUUAUUAAUUAAUAGGAUGGUUCAUUAACUCCACUGCAAAGUCCAAGUAGUGUGAGUUCUCAACAACAAUCUAGGUCACCUUAUCCUUCACCAGUUCUUAAAGUUAGUAGAGUUGUGAGUCCAGCAUCAGCAUCACCAUCACCUCAAUAUUCACGGACUCAGCCGACACCUGGACCAACCGACCUAUUUAGUCCACCAAUAUCUACAACUUCGGUAGUUCCACAACAAAGAAAUGUCCACUAUCCAACAUCACCUAGAGGUCGAGAAGAUGUUUUUUCAUCACCUCAAGCAAAUCAUGAAAUGACAAGACAUUUGAGAGAAUUACUUCAAAGACAGCAAUUUAAAAAAGAAACUCCUGCUGAUCAGCGAAUUUGGAAUCCAGAAGAUACAUCAAAUCAAGAAAUUACCUCCCAAAAUGUACCAAGUCAAGAAUUUGAAACUUCUUCUGGACCAACAUUCCGUCAACCUUUACCUCCAAGUGCUGUUAAAACUCAACGUUUGCCUUUUCAGCAAAUGGGAGCUCCAAAUGCUCCUAUGGUUAUUCGUCACCGUGUACAAGAUCCAAAGUUACAAGUAAAAUUAUACUCAUAUAUUAAUUUAUAUGUAUUAUAAAUUAAACUUUUCAAAUGUAAUUUUUAGUUAAUAGAUCCUCGGUUUCGAUUGUUGAUACAACAGCAAAGAUCUACUACUGGGGCAGUUAUUAAUAAUAGCAUGAAUACUUCCCAAUUUGGUGUAUCCAAUAUUAAAAAUGCUAUCACCCAACAAGCAUUGACUCAACACAAUUCUAGGCCUUAUGAAAUAAUGCAACAACAGCAGCAGCAGCAGCAGCAGCAACAGCAACAGCAGCAGCAGCAGCAACAGCAGCAGCAGCAGCAGCAGCAGCAGCAGCAGCAGCAGCAGCAACAACAACAACAACAACAACAACAGCAACAACAACAACACCAACAAUUUUCAGGUAUAAGUUUAUGUAAGAUAUACAGGGUACCCCACGAUGAUCUGCCACUUGAAAUAACUUUUGUUCUAUUCAAAAUCUCUGGUAUAUAUAUAUAUUUUUUUAAAUAAUUAAUAUGUUUCUACGCUAUAGUUUAUAUUUGAACUUUUUUUUAAGGGGGAGGGGGACUUAAAAUAAAAAAGUUUAAAUUUUACUAUAGUUUUUUUAAAAAAUUCAAAAUAGCUAUUUUGUAAAAUAGUUUUUUAAAAAAUUGUUGGCGGUUGAAACUUGUUAAAGUAUGGUCUUUUAUUUUCUAAGAUUUUCUGAAAAUAUCUAUUAUAUGAUAAUAUUAUUGCAUGAUAUUAACUCAAGGAAAAGAAAAUCCUUGUUAUGUGUUUUGACUAAUAAGUGAUUAAUUAGUACUGUAUAGAAUAACCUUACUACUAUAGGUAAUAUUCAUAUUUGCAAAAACUUAAAAAAAAUUGCAGAAAAUAAUAGACCAUACUUUAAAAAGUUCCAACCACCAACAAUUUUCUAAAAAACUAUAGUAAAAUGUUCAAUGUUUUAUCUUAAGACUCACUACUAAAAAAAAAAUGUUUAUAUAUAAACUGUUGCGCAGAGGCAUACUAAUUAUUUAAAAUAUAUACACAUCAAACAUAUUAAAUAGAAUAAAAGUUAUUUCAAGUAGCAGAACAUUAUGAGACACUCUAUAUAGUAAAAUAUGUAUAAAUAUACAAGUAUUAAUUAUUAUUUAAAUACAUUUUAUUUUUUUAGUUGUAGAAAGAUCUGAAACAAGCUUAGAUCAAAAAUAUCAAGCUCCAAUUAAUGAAGUUUCAUCAAUAAUUAACGAUCCUAGUUCUAUGUCUCAAUCUAUCGUCAGUCAAAAUGUAUCCGUUGGUAAUAGGCAUAAUAAUUUAUUACAUCAAUCUCAACAAAAUUCUAUUAAUGGUAUUACAAUAUAAAGUAUAUUUAAUAAAGUGCGGUUUUGAAUAUUCUAAUUAAUUUAUCAUAUAGGAGCUGACAAUGUUGAUAACAGAAAUGAAGAAAUGACAGAUAGUGUUACUGAUGAGUUGGAAAAACUUCAACAAGAAGGUGAUACAAACAAUAUCGGUGAAGUUGAUGGAGUAAAUGCCCUUUUAGGUGAUUUAGAUGACGAUGAUGAACUUUUAGGUAAUUUUGUAUGAAUAUUUUGUAAUUUAACUGUAUUAGAUUAAAAUUAAUUAAAACUAUAUAUUUAUGUAGCUGAAAUGGGAGCUGAUUUUAAUAUACUGGAAUAUGCUGAUCCAGAGCUUGACAAUUUAGAUUGUGGCAAUAAAACAAAUAUUUUAUAUGAUCUUGUUGAUGACGAAGAGUCCAAUAAGAGCACACACAAUAAAACAGUAUCAAAUGAUAAAUCUUCAGAAGAUAUGGAAACCAAACCUAAAGAAGAAGUGGAUAAUUUAUCAAGAUUGGGUAAUCUAAACGAUAGAAAAGAACAAAAUAGUGUUACUCAAGUAUUGGGAAUUGAAAAAUUUGAACAAGAUAUUAUUCACUCACCAAAAAUUGACAGUUCACCCAAUGUUGUUAAUUCACAAGUAAUGUAUUAUAUUAUAUGCAAAAUAAAAACAAAAUAUUUAAUUAAUUUUAAUUCACUCUAGAUUGUUCAAGAUAAUCAAUUGGUCAAUGUGUUGCAGAACAGGGAAAAUAUUAAUUUUAUGUCUAACUUUCCUGGGGAUAAUCCUUUACCCAAAAUGACACCUAUUGGAUCUGGUAAAAUACUUUAUAUUUCAUUAUUAAAAUCAAAUAAAUUAUAUAUAUUUUGUUUGUGUAUAUAGUCCCUGUACAGCAACAGAGAAUACUUCAAAUGCAGCGUACUGUUGUGCCUAAUCGUAUGAUGAAUGUACCCCAACAAAUUAUACAGCAAGGAACUGUUCAACAAACUAGACAGUUAGCGCCACCCCCGCCUUAUCCAGGACCACCACCACCAUAUCCUGGACAACAUCAGGUAAUUUUCAAUGUUUAUUUUAUCAUUUUUAUAGUGCAAUCGUUGUAGUUUAAUUAUUAUUUUUGUACCCUUCAGUGGUUUCUUUUAUUUUGCAUUUAGAUAUUUUUUUUUGUAGAUUCCCAGAAAAAAGCAUGCCUUUUUAAUAAAAUAUUUUCCCUGAUCUUAAAAUAAAUCAGUUGAAUUGAAAAUAAUGUUCAAUCAAAUUAUAAUCUUUUGAUUAACAUGUAUGAGUAAAUAUUUAACUGUAAAAAUAAGAAAAAGAAAAAAAAAUCUAACCUAUUUUUAAUCUAUUUUUGGAUGAAAUAUAUCUAAUUGAUGUGUUUGAUAUAAUAAUACGUAAUUAUUUGGGAUUUCACUAACUAAUGUGGCCCUUCAGGUCCGUAUGAGGGCUCCUUUAUCACACAGUGAAGUGGUACCACACGGUCUUAUGGGCGUUCAAAUGCAGAGAAGACCAUUAUUGCUUCAGGUAAUUAGAAGAAUUGAGAUGAUGAUAUGUCGUGAAAUAUUAAAUACUUCAAAAUAAAAAUGAAUUUAUAAUUUAUAUUCAUAAUAAAAUAAUACAAAUUAAUAAUAGUCACGUGCACUACACAAUAUCGUUAGAUGUGUUGUAAUUAAAUAACAUUGAAACCAAUUAUAAAUUUAACUCUGUUUUGACUCAAAAUAAAAAAAAUACAUUUCAAUUGCAUUGUAUUGAUAAUUAUUAAUAUAACCAAAUUUUAAAAGUAUCUAUUUUUAAAAGUAAAACAAAAAAUUAAAUCAUAAAAUUCAAAUUAAUUUAUUAUAAUAAAACACUUCAAAUAAUAUUUUUCAGUUUAAAAUCAAGAUCCUAAAAUGUAUAAAAUAUAAAUAACUUUUAUGAUGCAUACAAAAUAUUUUCAAUACUAUCUGUUUGCAGACCUCUUACAAGAAGUUUGGUUUACAAGUGUAUAUCCAGCGUUAUGUUUAAAAAAAUGAAAUUAAUAAAGGUCUGGGAAAAAAUGAUGAGUUUCUUAAAUGAUAUUUUUUUGUUGAAAAUAAUCAUUUUCUAAUUUAAGUAGCAGCAUUAUUUUAAUUGAAACUUCAGUACAUGUUUAUUUUUGUUUAUAUAUUUGUAGAAGUAAAAAUAUUAUUUGAAAUAAUCACAUAUUAAAUAUUGAUAUUUUUUGAGUCAAAACAUAGUUGUGUAGUAUAUUUUAUACUUGGUUUUAUUCUCACUAUUCAGCUCACUAAAUUCGGCACUAAUUUGUACUUUAAUGUUAAAGUCCUUAACCAAUGACAAAAUCAAUAAUCAAUAAACCUAAAAUACUAUUAAUUAUUAAUUAAUAAUAAUGUAUAGUUGAAAGAGUUAAAAUACAUCCAUAUUAUCAAAUUAUUUUUACUUUUAUAAAUGUUAACUUCAAUAGGAAAAUAUUAUUUUAAUACAAAUAUUUAAAGCUUAUUUGUGCAGUAUUUUAGCAUAUUGCAAGUUUUCAUAUUAAAGUUGAAUAUAACUAAUAGAAAGUUUACCUAAAUUAUUAAUAAAUUCAUAACUAAUUAUUUUUGAAACAAAAUUACUUUAUUAGUUUCUCAAUGAAAAUCUUAGUCCAUUAUUGCAUUAUUACCUGUAUUCAUCUACCCCUAACCUUUGCUAAUAUUUCUCUAUGCUGUAUUCUAAUUUCCUUUAAAUUAUUUUCAUCUCUUUGAAUAUUCAAUAUGAUACAAAAAUAAAUAAUAGCUAUUAAGUUAUAUGUUAAAAUGUUUUUAGCUGGUUAUUCUUCUCAUAGAUUUUUAAAUCAAUGAGGCUUUUGAGUGUUAUUUUCUGAAAUUUAGUAGUAUUAUGUAUGAGUUAUUAGAUUAGUGAUCUAUUUAUGUAAUAAUAUAAUAUGUAAAGGACUGUAAAUUAAUAAUUUAAAAAAAUAUUUAUAUAUUUAUUUAGACAUUAAAAUUGUUCACUAGUAUCAAUUUUAUAUUUGAUUAUUGAGAAUUAUUAUUGGUAAUGUUAUCAAUUAAUUUUAUUGGUUUGUUUGGAUUUUGAAAGUUAAAAAAUAAAUGCUCAAGAUGUUGACUGCCAAUUUGCACCAAUUGGCGUUAUAAGGAUAUUGAGCAAUGCAUUUGACACCAUUUGGUGUCCAAUAUAAAUUUGAUGUAAACAGUUGAUAAAUAGCUGUGCAUGGCUGAAUGAUUUUGAUUAUUAAUUAGCGUGAUAAAAAAGUGUAUGGAUUAAAAGGAUAAGAAUUAGAAAUGUGUGUAUGCCCUGGAGAGAGAACUGUAAAAAGACACACACAGUUAAUGUUUUAAAGAAAAUACCAUUAAAAAGUUUAAAAUAAGAUCUAUAAAAAUUUGUCUAAAAAAAAAAUUCCCAAUAAUUAUACUCAUUCAAAAAGUUCUUGUAGUAAAAGUAGUUUUAGAAAUGCAAUUUCGUUAAAACAUAAAUUUGUUAUAACUUUAUUUUUGUGAGGAAAUUAUUAUUCUAUAAACACUAAGGACAUGUGUUACAAUCAUGUGGACAUGUUUUCAUGGAUUUUCAACGGCUGAUCUAGUUACUAACUAGUAUCAAUUUUAUGAUUAAUGAAUAGAAAAUAGUUAAUACUAAAUUAUAUUUAGUCUAAAAGAAAGGUUUUAUAAUUUUAUUUUAAUUCAUAACUUUGAUGCUUUAAGUCAAAUUGAAUGCACUUCAGACAUAAUUUUUCAUGCAUAAAUUUAUUUAUGGUUUCAAAACCAAUUGAUAAUAAUGAUUUUGUUUUUUCAAAUUUAUAAUAAUAUUGUUUAAUGUUUAUAAUUUGUCAUAAAAGUUGCAUGCUUUGGAUUGUUUAUAGUGAUUUUUUUCUAUUAAAUAUGUUUAGUUUUUUAAAAUGUUUUAGUUAUAACUGUGAAAACCUUAGAUAGUUAAAAAACAAUUUUGUUUAUCAUAAAAUAAUAAAAUAAAACAUUUACUGUAGCAUUUGUUAAAUUUAUAUAAAAUAUGUAUACAUAUAUUUCUUAGGAACAGCCUUUACUGCUGGAAGAUCUUCUGGAACAAGAAAAGCGAGAACAAGAAAAACGACAUGUUGAUUCAUCAGGCACCAAUAGUAAUGUUUCAUCUACUAGUUCAUCACUUCCUGCUUUAAUGAGCGAUGCUGAUUUCGAAAUUUUACGAAAUGAUGUUAUGAAUUCUUCUACUAGUGGUACGGCUAUUGCAUCUCCUCCUAUAAUUCAGCAAAGUAAUUGAUUUAAUCAUUUAUAUAUUAAAUAUUUUAUAAUAUUAAAUUAAAUCUAAACAUGUUUUGUUAGAUGUUACUGGAGUGUCACAACAAGCAAGUGAUCAAUUGCAUAUGCAAAGGUCCACUACAUUUAUACAGAGAUCCUCAUCUCAACCUGUACAAAACUGGACACAACCCCAACAAUUACCUAGUCAAACUCCAGUUAGACAACAAUUCACAGAUCAAUGUUAGUAGGGUUAUCGUUUUAUAAUUUGUCUUAUAUUUAACCUUAUUUGUUAUUUGUAGCCUUAAAAGUUCCAAUUUUUAAUGCUCCAGUAUUAACACCUCCUGCGCAACCACCAGAAGUAAUAACAACAGACCAAGAUCGUCAAAUUCAACAUACAUAUGAAGUAUGGCUCACUGAACAAAGUAAUAUUGUUACUAAGCAGUUAAAAUAUUAUGAAAGUGAAGUUCAAAAAUUACGAAAAAUGAGGAAGAGUAUGAAUAGUAAGCAACGAGUAGCUAGAAAACAGGGAAAUGAGCUGUCUGAACACGAUUCAAUUGAACUUCAACGUAUAACUGCUGAACAACAGGCUUUACAAAAGCUAUUAGAAUCAAGUCGUAAGCAAAAUAAACAGCAUAUGGCUAUUAUACAAGUAAGUUUAAAUCUAAAUUUUAUAUAGUUUUAUUAACACAUUAAUGAAAAAAUAUAUGUAUAUUUAGGAGUAUAAAAAUAAACAUCGCCCAAAUGCAGAAAGUCCACAAUCACCAAAUGUAUUGAUGUCUCCAAAUUCAACUGUUGGGCCCAUUCAACAACAGAAUUCAAUGUCUCCACAUAAUAGUAUUUCUACUCCUUUAUCAUCCCAGGUUUGGAAAAAAUGUUUAAAUCUUUUUUUUCAAUUUUUCAAAAUAUUUAUUUAUUUAUAUUGUGUAGACUGAAGAAAACCCAUAUAGUCCAAACAAUAAUCAACAAUCUCCGUUACAAUCACCUCGAUCUACUUUACCAUCACCCCAGUUACGUAAUCCUGGUCAAUCAAGUCCUAGACAAGUUAUUCAAAAUAUAAAUACUCAAGAACAACUAUCUAGGUAAGUAAUAAAUAAGUAAAUAUACAUAAACGGUAGAAACCAUUUAUAAUUUUCAAGGGACUAGUCAAAAUUAGUCAUAAUAACUAAAAUGCUAAAAUAAAAUUUAAAAACUUGAUUAUAUUAUAUUUACAUAUUUGAACAUAAUAUUUUAUUAUAACUAAUUUAUAAUAUCUUUAUUACUUAAUUGUAACUUCAUAUAUACAAAGAAAAAAAAAAGACUGAUAUACUUCACACGAUGGAUGGGCCAUUAUUGUAGGUGAGAAGUUAGAAUGGUAGGAUGUAGAGAAGAAUUUAAUAUGUAUCUGUAUGCAACGAUUAAUCAUUGCUAAUGAAAUACCAUUCUGAGCAGAGUUAAGUUAUACAUCUUUUAAAAGGCCAUAAUGUCUAUGAUUUUCUUUAAAAUUCUUAAAAAAAAUACUAUUUCCUGUUGGCCACUAAGAACUAUUUAUGAUGAACUUGCUUUUUAAUUUUCAAGCAUUUCUGUUUAGUCUAAUAAUUUUAUCUAUAGAGUAUUUAUCAAAUAAAAAUUAGGUAAAACACUUGUGAAAUUAAAAAGUUUAUAAAUAGUAUGAAAAUGAUGCUAAUGUUUUGAAUAUUUUACCACUCUUAUUAAAAGCAAAUAUAUGGUUCUGUACACAUUUUAAAUCUUCACAAACAUUUUAAACUGAAUUAAUAAAAAACCAAAUUGAAAAUAAUAAAAACAUAUUAUUUUCGUACAUUUCCUCGUGUUUCUUAUGUUUUUUCCCCAAUUAUUACGAAAACUGCUUAAAUUAAAAAAUGAUCUCCUAAAGUACCAACUAGAUAAAAUUCCCUUUUGGACAAGGUGCUACAUUUUGAUACAUCAGAGUAAAAUUUCUGGUAGAAUUUUUAUACACAGUAUAUUAAAUAAAAAUAAUAAAAAAAUAAACAUCUUUCUAAAACCAAUAUCGUUCUUCGCUUCAUUCAGAAUCCUAAAAUUUCCAUUAUUAUAUUAAAAUUAAAUUUAUUUUUAUUCACAAAAAAUCUGGUAUCUGGUAAUUUUUUUCACUUUUUUGAAAUGAAGUAUACCUCAUUUUUUUUUUCAAUUAUGAAUUCCUUUGUUUGCCCAUUUUACUAUAAUUUAAUGCACAAAUUACACUAAACACAGUUAAUCGCACAUUAUACGUUUGAAUAUACAAAUGAUAAAAUUAAGAAACAACGAUUACGUUACCUUCGAUAAAAUCAUAAUAGAUAAAAUAUUUUUUGAAGAUGUAUAGUUAAAAAUAAUGAAAGGAUGAGAAAAUUAGUAUUAUCGGUUGGUUAUAUUAUUUUUUAAUAAAAUACAGUCAUUAUAGAUAACAAUUUUUUCCAAUAUAACCAAAAAUAAUCCCCAUAACAGUCAUAUAGACAUACAUAUACCUUAGAUCAUAUAUAAUGCAUAAAGCCAUAGCUUAAUAUUUUGAUGUACCUGUUAGUGACAAGUUGCUAGGUUAGCUUAGGUGCGCUUGUGUGCCAGCGACUAGUCGCAUAUUUAUUCCAAUGCCUUAAUAUGAUGUGAUAAAUAUUAAAUAACUGAUAAAUUAAGUGAUAAUAAUAAUAUAUAUUUUAAUGAAUUAAAACUUGAAUUUUUGAAUUAGUAAUAAAUUGAACUCUGUAUAAAGUAUCUAUAAUACAUUAUAGAUAAGAACAAAAUAGUUGUGUCAAUAAUUUGAGAUAAAUAUGCGACUAGUUGCCGGUGCGCAUGCACACUAAAAGCUACUCACCUGGCUACUCAUUGCUAACAUGUACAUUAUCUAUAUUAUAUGUAAUUUAUAGGCUGUGGCUCUAUCCAUUGUGUAUGAUCUAAGACUUAUACAUAAUAAUUUGAUACAAAUUAGUACAUACAAUAUAGGAGUCAUGUCGGACCUUCAAUCUAAGGUUAUUACACUCAGUUUGUCAUUCUAACUGAUGCCAUUAAACACCGUAUAUAUAUGUUAUGGGUAGGGUAUUAAUUAUCCCGAUAAUAUAAACAACUAUUCAUUUUGCUCAUUACCUAUAAAUUUUAGUAUCCAAAUUUCGGAUAAUGUGUACAUUAACUAGUGUGCUAUAGUUUAAAGUAAAUAAUUCAUAAAAUAAAGUAAUAAUGAUUCAUUUUUUUUCUAAAAUAUUAUUUGAUUAAUAAUUAAUGAGAUAUUAAAUACUAUUUCAUAUUAAGUUAUUCAUUUUAUUUUGAAAUGCAAUGAUUUUUCUGAUUUUCAUCAAAAUUAAAAUGUGUAUAUUAUAAAAAAAAAACUGGGCACAAACAGCUGUUAUUUUACCACCCCAUAAAUUUACAGUGCUUUUUGUUAUGAUGUAUCAAAAUAAAGAGAUCUCAAUACAUAAGUGUCACACUGUAUAAUUAAUGCAAGACAUUUCAAAAACCGUCACCUACACCUUGACCUUACACCGUGAUAAGAAUUCUCUGUUAAUAUGAAUAGUACAAUACACGUAUACAGUAAUAAAACUCGUGACCAAUUAUUAUUUUUAAUAUUAUAUAUUAUCGUGAAAAUCAGAGGUACCAUAAAACACGUUUGUGUGUUACGAAUUUUGAAUUUGUGUUAAAUUACCGGCUGUGUGUUUUAUCCACAUAAUACCUACCAAAUAAAAACAAAAAUCUCGAUAAUUUCAAAUAUCCUCAGAAUGUUACCAUGUUUAGAAAGUUUAAUGUGAUUAUUCUAUGAAAAUUGCAAUUCUUUAAGAUUAUUUUUAAUCAUAUUGCAACAAAAAAAAACUAACUCUGGAAUAAUGAAACUGAUAAUGUUUUAAACUUCAAAAAAUUGUCUACGUUUAUCCAAUUAUUAUGUAAACUAUAAAAAAAUAUUCUAAAAAAACUUACAUACCAAUUGGACAAAAUUGUAUUUUAGAAAAAAUAGUGCACUUGAGUUUUGGUGUAAGAUUUCAGGCUGAAAAAUAAAAAACUAAAUUAAUGAAAUUUAAAAUUUAAUUUACCAUACAUUUAUUUGUUAUCUAUAUCUUUGUUCUUCUGGUUUUUCCUAAUUAAUUUGAAAAAUAAAAAAAUAAACCCCUCUAAUGCACCAACUAGAUCCAAAAUUCAAUUCGGAAGGUCUCUUGUCGUGAUAUGAUUAAGAUUUCUAGUAGAAAUAUUGUCAACUGAUAGAAAAAAAAAAAGCACACAUAGUUAAACCAUUGCAUUCCUCACUACGCUUAGAAUCUAAUAAUUUACUCAUAAAUAAUUAUUAUAUUGUUUUUUAUAGACAUCCAGGAAUGACUCCUAUACGUUUUGUGCGUUCGCCAGAUGGCUUAACACUUCGAGCACGACCAACCCUAGUAUCUCUUCAAGGUCAUGUACCAUCGACUAAUACACCGAAUACAUAUCAAAGUUCUAAAAUAACAAAUGUUACUAUUAGCCAGGGAUCACAAAUUCAACAGCCUCAGCAGAUACAAAGAUUAACGUUUCAACAGCUCACUCCACAACAACAACAGUUACUUUUGCAAAGAAAACUCACUCAAAAGGCUCUACUUAUAUCUCAGCAACAACAAGAAUUAACUGUUUCUGCAAAUCAAGAUCCAGUAGUUGUCCAACAACGACAAAUGCAUUUGGCACAACAUAGACAAAUGCUAUUGCAGCAAAUAGAACAAAUUCAAAAACAAAUAAAUGAAGGACAGAACCAACAACAGAGACAAAUACUUAUUCAGCAAGCUCUACCAGGAAAUCAAGAUGGUAAAACAGAAUUAUCACCUCAACAAAGGCAGCAGAUUGUUAUUCAGAGGCAAAAUAUAAUAUUACAACAGCAACAACAGUUCCAACAGUUACAACAACAAAAUAUUCCUCAACAACAACAACAAAUUUUGCAACCUCAGAAUGGUCAGAAUCAAUUACAAAUGCAAUCACAAAACAAUUCAAAUUCAAUACAAGGAGUGCAGCAGCAACAGCAACAGCUGCAACAACAACAAAAUCCUGGACAGAAUAAUUUGACUCAACAACAAAAGAUAUUUCAGCAUCAACAAUUGCAGUUACAAUUAGCCAAGCAGCAACAUAUUAUGGCACAGCAUAAAUUAGUUCAGCGCUCAUCUCAGCAACCAAAUGUUAUUCAAUCUCAAUUACCUCCCCAGCAGCAACAGCAGCAACAAACAGUAUUAUUACAACAACCAUCACAACAAGAGCCAGGAGAAAUUGUCAAUCCAAAUAUUAUUCGUCAACAACAGCAACAACAAACAGUAUUAUUACAACAAACACCUCAACAAGAACCAGGAGAAAUUGUUAAUCCAAAUAUUAUACGCCAACAGCAGCAGCAGCAGCAACAGCAACAGCAACAGCAGCAGCAGCAGCAACAGCAGCAGCAACAACAACAACAGCACCAACAACAACAGAUGUUAUUACAACGUCAGCAACAAACAAGAUUCCUUCAACAACAGCUUAUAUCUCAAGGAAAAGUUACCAGACAAAUGGUUCAAUCACAACAACAGUCUCCUAUUCCACCUCAAAGUCCGAAUCAACCACCACUAUCACCUAUGCCACCGCAAAGUCCUAUUUCCAACAAUCAACAAUAUUGUCAACCUAAUAGUCCAAUGAUAUCAGCUCAGUCGCCUAUGUUAUCACAAAGUCCUCAGCAGUUUUCGCAACCCGUACAAUCACCUAAUCCAACACAGUUUACUCCCAAUUCUCCAAUGCCUUCUCAAAGUCCUAGACAAACUCAGUUUAUUCAACCUACAUCACCAUUAAUGCCUCAAAGCCCUAUGGUUCAGGGAUAUACUCAUCCACCAGCAACAUCACCAUUUGGACAACCUCCACCCAGUUCGCCAAGUCCUAGACCAUCGCAGAGUCCAAGAAACAGUCUGGGUCCUCCUAGUUCACCGAUGAGUCCUAUGCAACAGAAUCCAUAUAUAAGACCAACGACUAGUCCAAUGGCUGCUAGACGAACAAAUGUCGGUAGCAGUCCAUUGAUGCCUGAUCAACAAGAACACAGAGAAGAAACUAAUGUUCCACCAGAAGGAUAUCAAUAUGCAAAACUAACAGGACUUCGUGGAGGCUGUAAAGGUAAUUUUAUACCCCCAAAAGGAUUCAAGUACAGCAAAAUAGGGCUUAAGGGAGGGUCACCUAUGUGGAGUACAGGAAGGCAGUUUGUAAGUAAAGACUCACAAGAUGAAGUUACAAGGAGUGUAUUUAAAAGUAAUGAUAUGCCACUAAGCGCAAUACCAGUUUCUAAAGUAUCAUCAUUAGUUUCAUUAGAGUAUGGUGAUUCUGAUGAUGAGGGUUCAAGAACCCCUCCAGUUAGUUCUCCACGACCUCCUCCAAUGCAUGUAUCUAAACUAAAAGAAGCCCCAGAAGGAAUUAAUACAGAUCCAAUGAUCAUAUCAACCUCUCCUAAAAUUGAAGAUAGUCGAAAUAUGCCAGUUUAUAAAGAUGUCAAUUUGUCAGAAAACUGCAAAAAAGAUAAUAUUGAUUUAGAUGAUAUACAAAUGAUAUCAACUAUACAUAUGAAUAUGGAUCCUGGUCAGAUAUCAUUGAACUCGAGUAGGGUAGGCGAAGAAUUAUUAGACAUGGAUAGGGAAAUUAAUUCACCUGGUCUAAUGUUGAAUGAAAAUGACGAUAGUAUUCUAGGAGGACUUCCAAAAGACGAAGCCUCAGAAAUGGAUAGAUUGAUGUUUUUCGAUGAACUUGGUGAUAGUAUUAAAUGUGAUCAGGAAGAUAAGAGUGAUUCACCAGAAAAAUCCAUUUUUAAUUUAGAUAAAUUAUUAAAUGAUCCAGAACCAUGUAUUGAACAUAAAGAUGAAGUUCUCAAAGUCGAAGUUUUUCAACAAGAAAAAAAUAAAUUGGAAGAAUUCUGCCAAGAGAAUGAAGAAGAACAAAUUGAUAAUGUAAUUUCGAGCUAUACAUUUCAUUCUUAUGCUAAAGUUCCAAAACCAGCGCCUUCACCUAAAAAGACACUAAAUUUAUCGUCCAUUUUAAAAUCUGAUUCAUCUGAUGAUUUAAAAAAAGUAACCGACCUACUGCGAUCUCAUUCAUCUACACAGCAUAAAAAUAUCAUUAUUUUAAAUCCUUCAUCAGACACAUUAAAAGAUCAACAAGUUAAACAAAACUUAUUAUUGACUAAGUCAGAUAAUCUUAAACACUCUGAUUUGGCCCAAAUCUUAAGUAAUAUCAUGUCUCCCAAACAGAAAGAUGGUUUUAUUAAAAUCGAAACUUCAAAAUCAGAUGAUAACCCAAAACUCUCAACUAUAGUUUUACCAGCUCGUACAACAUCAGUUGUGCAGAGUUCUCAAAAUUUUCCUUGGGAAUCCAUAACAUCAUUUACAACUGCUUCUUCAACCACUUAUGCAAAAUCUAUUCAAAUUAUAUCAAAACCAGAAGAAAAAGAAUCUAAAAUCAGUUCUCAGUUAUCAUAUAUGGUAAAUGUUCCCAAGCAAGAAACACGUGCUGCACCUAAAGUUGUUGAAGAGUCUCAGAAUGUAUUGCUCAAACAACUUCUUCAAAACACUGCUUGUGCUAAUCAAACUCCAACUACUACAACUGCUAUAAGUUUGCCAAUUGUACCUUCUCUCGAAGCUCAACUUGCCAGACCUGUUUCACCAACACCAUCUUUACUAUUUCCUUCUCUACUUUCACCCAAAAAAGAAGAUAAGUCUGAAUCUCCUCAAAUUCUUUCACUAAAACCUGAAUUUGAAACUUUGGCAUCAAAACCAGAGUCUCAACCUCAAAUACUUCAAAAACCUGAACCACAAAUUAAGAUACAACAAAAGCCUGAAUCUCAACCAAAAGUUUUAAAGCUUGAACCUCAAUCUCCAAAGCCUGUAGUUGUUCUGCAACGGUCAGAAAUUCAAACACCAGUCUCACAAACUACUCUGCUUCCACAAACAUCUUCAUCAUUACUACAAUCACAAAUCCACCAAUUGUCUCGAACAUCUGUUAAAAGUGAUUCAAUAAUGGAUUCUAUUAAUUCAGCAAUUAAACAAGAACGUGUAGAAGAAGAAAGUAAAAAUGAAGUACCUAUUUUAACUGGAUUUAGCCCUGAAAGGGAAGUUAAAAGAGAAAUUAUGUCUUCUGAUGAAUUGAUAUCGCCUCAAAAUUCUACUAGAAUAGUAGAUCCAUCAGAUAUGAACAGUUCACUGGGUAUGUCAAUGGACAUAAUGAAUGUAGAUACUCAAGGUAGUUUUUAAUAUAUAUUUUUUAAAUAAUAUUCAAUAAUAUUGAAUUUUAGUUAUGUUUAUAAAAAUUGUAUUCUAGAUCAAAAGAAAAUCAAACGUAGACAAUAUUAUGCUAAACGUAGACAAAGUCAAGGUAAAGAUGUAAGUUCUACAGCUAUUCCCAAGAAACGCCAUCGAAAGGUAAUUAAACAAGACUUAUUUUCAAAAUGUUCAUGUAGAUAAAAUAAUUAUUUUUAUAGGGUUCCAAACCCGAAGAAGAUUAUGAUUCUUUCAUUGAUGCACUUAUGUCACAAUUACGACAGCUUCAGCCUAUGAAUGUCAUUGAGCCAUCGUUAAACCAAAACUUAACUGCCUGUCCAUUAUUUGGUAUGGGAGAUGUUCUGUCUCAACAAAAGUAUGUCUGAAAAUAUUAUCAUUUUUUUAAUAUGAACAUAUACCUAAAGAGUUUAUAAAUAUUAUUUUUAGUUUUAAAAAUGGUGACUUGAAAGGUAAUGUGGGAUUGUGUAAUCUACCUGGCGAGAGUGACUACUAUAUGACAAAACCUUUUGGUGAUUUGGAACCAGUUUCACCAUUACCUCAACCGUCUACUCAAAGAGGUUUUUACAAUGAAGAAUUCGAACCUCUAAAAUUUGAAUCUGACAGUAGGUUGUAAUUAUUUUUGAUGUAUUCAUUUUCUAUUAAUGCAAAUUAAUAUUUUAGGCGAUGAAAAAAAAUUUGAAAUUGGUCGUGAUCGUGAUGAUACUCCUGACACAGUGAUGAGUUCAUCAUCACCCGAAUUGGCUAUAUUUGAAACUCCAACACAUUUUCCAGGUAUUUUUUUUCUAAUUAUGUUAUUUGAUUUGAAGAAACAAGACAUUUUUCGUUUUAGGACUUAAAAAUUAUGAUGAUGAUAGUGAUUCAACUGAUACACUGUUAAAAUUCACUCGAUAUAUGUCUCCAGUUCAUCAGCUUGUUGCACCACUUGCUCUAAAACCUCGCCCUAAUUAUAAAAUUAAUAUGGAAGAUGAUAAAGAAAAUCAGGGUGUAAGGCAAGGAAUAAUGUCUCAAGUUGGCAAAACUCCACCAAGAAGUUCACCUGCAUUACCAUUACGAGACUCUAAUACAAUGACGGUUACAUUAACUAUAAGUUCAGAAGCUGCUGAAGACAUUAUGGGUGUCCUUCAAGGCUUAGCUAAUUUACUUGAUUUACCUGAUAUUCCUAAUUAUAAAGUUACUGAAAGAACCGUUACACCAAUGUCGCACAAAUUAGGACUGUAUAGAUCAAAAACCAAAGAUGGUAAAGAAGGAGAUCCAAUAGAUAUUCAAACUAUAUUGAAUGGUUUUGCCAAAUUUUGCCGACAUUGUGAUUUAGUGAUAUUAAAUAAUUUAAUAAAAAAGAAAGCCAGUGACAUUCCUUUCUUAACUGUUGAAGAUUGUGCAGAUGAGAUAUUUUUCUGUAGUACUUUAUGCUUUCAAACUUUUGCAUCUUUGUUACGUCCACCAGCUGCAUCUAAAGAUAAAGCAACUUCUAAUGUAAAUCACUUGUCUGAAAGCAGUUCUCCACCAAAACGAUUGAAAGCAGAUCCUGAAAUGACUAGUCCAAUAUCUAAUAAAUCUGUAACUAUAGAUAAAAUGGUAAUUACAUUUAUUCUAAGCAAAGCUUGAUUAUAGGAAAAUUAUUUUAUUUUUUUUCUUCGUAGGAUAUCGAUGAUAUUCCACAAAAUAUUGAAGAAAUAAAAACUGAAUCAAUUAGUCAAGAAGUAAAAAGUUCACAUAAAGAUAAUGUUUAUAGACAAUGGAAUUCAAAUAGUGUUCCAGCACCUCUUACAAAACAUAAGAAAACUACUGAUAAAGAACUAAUGGAGGUAUAUAUUUGUGUUUAUUAAUUCUACUGUUUUCUUAAACAUGUAUACUAUUAAAAUUGAAAUUUUUAUUUAAGAAAGAAAUUAUAGAAGUACUAUAUUUUUUUAUUUUUAAAAAUUUAAAGGUUUAUAAAUUCUUUAUUGUCGAUUUUAAAAUCAUUAUUUAUUUAUAAAUCCUAUAACACUCUAUUACACUACAUUACUAUACACACUAUUAAAUAACAUAUUUAUUUUAUGGUUACUAUGUUCUCAACUUUCCAAAUUGCCAAAGCUUUUUCUUUGUAAGUUAAUAGUUUCAGCACACAUUUUAAUAUUGAAAUUACAAAUGAAAAUCUUAUAAAUAUGUCUCAAAGUGUGCCAGAAAACAAAAUAAUGGUACAAAAAUAUUUAACAACUUAAAAUUAAUAAAAAGUAUAUUUUAUUAUUAUUUAAUCACUUAAUAGGUAAUAGAUAAUAAUUUACAAAACUUAAUACAAAUUAUUAUUAUUUUUAUUAACACUAUCUUCACUGCACAUUUAUAGUCUUGUUCAUCAUUUUAAGUUUCAUUUUAAAUAUAUUGUGUCAAAAGUAAUUAGGCCUCUAGUAAAAGUUUUUUUUCUGGUAAUUAUGAGAUUUUCUUAAGGAAGAUAUCAACAGAUCCGGUUGGAUGGCCUGAAAAGAUUGUUAAAUAAAUCUGUUAUGUUGUUUUGUCUUGAUGACUUCUGUGUAUUAUGUCAGUUAUAUCAUUAAUUAAUUUAGCAACAACUGAUUGACUAUUAUCUUUAAGGACAAUUUUAGUUACAAAAGCUAGAGAUCAGAUUUUGUUAAAUGUUCUGAUUUUUAUCUUCUGUUUUUUUCACUAGAUUCAGAAAAUCAUUUUGUAUUCGAUUCCUUGAACAAUCAGACGUAGGUUCAACUAAUGUUUCAUUCAAAAACUAUUAAGAGUUUGAUUUGCCUUUUUGCUAUUUUUGAUUAAACUCUAAUAAAAUCUUCAAAUUGAUUUUUGAAAUUUAUUUGUAGCUUUUGGUAUAUUAUAUUUAUGCACAAUAUAUUCAAUAAGCUCAUUUUUAGAUUUUGAGCAUAGCAAGGGAUCUAUUGGUUUUACUGUGUUUUUAGAUUCUGAGUGUACCGAAGAAUGUGUUGAUUUUACAAAGAUCUUUAUUUUAGAUAAGGAGUGUAUCGAGGGAUCUUUUAAAAAAAAAUUUUCUAUUCUAACAACUUUUCUACUAAAUAAUUUGCUUCAUAGUGUAGACUCUAACACCUUUUCUGAAAGGUUAUUUUUUCUAGUUAGUGCAUUUAGGAGGUCAAUUUUUGAUUUUUCAAGAGGUUUUCGAAAUAAUUUGGAAAAAUGAAAAGUAAACUAUAGUUAAAACGGCAAAUUUACCACGUGCCACAACAUUAUCGUUUUUAUUGUUUUCAAUGUGUUAUAUCACAUAAGUAAGUUUUUUACUAUAAAUAUUACUCCAAUCAAAAAAUUGACAAGUGACCCUUUUUAUUGCGUUUUUAGUUUAGGUCAUGAAUAAGUUGUUUGUUUUUUGAUUUUGUCUGUAGUUUUAUUAAUAAUUGAGCAUAACCGAAAAAAAAACUUAAGACAUAAUGAGAAAUUUUAUGAAAAUAAUGCUUUUAUUUUAUUAAAUUUUGUUUUUUUUAUUGUAAUUCAUGCUAAAUUAUUUGUAAAGAUUUGAAAUUUUGAUAGAAAGUUUAUUCUUACUUUUUUUAGAAGUGUAAAAAAAUUUUCAAAACAUUGUAAGUUAUUUUUUAGUUAUUUAUAGAUAUUUUAAUUUUCCAAUCAUUUUUAUUUGGUAGGUACUCUGUGGAUAAAAAUUGUUAACACUUAACAGAAAUUCUUGAAAAUUUGACAGGAGGUUCAUUAAAAGUCAUACUUUGUGGUAAAAAAAAAAAAAAAAAAAAAAAAAUUUAUUUUUUUUUUUUUUUAAUAUAUAUAUAUUAAGGAAUUUUAAUCAAUCAUUUAUUGUUAGUUACAGAGUUACAGGUAUAAAUUAAAUAACUUUAUGUAUCCUACUUUCCUCACUACCCAUCUUCAACAGUGGCCACACCAGUCCCCAGUAUCAGCUUUUUUCUAUUAUGAAAAAGUAAAACCAAUUUAUACAAUUUCAGAUGUAAUAUUUUAAUUAAAAUUUAAAUAAUAAUGUACUCAUUAAAUUUAUAUAAGUUUAAUGUACGUAGGUAUUUAUUGACAUGUAAUAAUACAUGAUUAUAAUUCUAUAUAAGUUUUGCAAAUUAUAGAAAAAUUAAAAAAAUGUUGGAAAGCAUUGGCGGGUUUUUUUUAUAAUUCAAAAUAAAUUUAAAAAAGGUAAAAUUGUAAUCAUUUAUUAAGUAUUGCUAGUACAAGUUAUUAUUUUAGUUAUAUUUUUAUAUUUAGAAAAAUCUAUAAUUUUUUAAAUAAAUAUAUUAAUUUAUUACCUGAACUAUUUAUCCGUGCAGUAUUCAUGAUAAACUGUAACCUCAUUAUUUAUAAAAACAAAUAUUUUGUUUCAAACUUAAUACGCAUUAUACUAUAAAAUUAAAUGUUUUAAAUAUUUGAUCGACCCAUAAAUACAUUGAUAUCUUAUCUAACUGAUAAAAUUAAAUAAUCAUUUUUAUAGAAAUAUUUUUGUUUUUAUAUUUAUUUUAUAUUCGAGCUUGCUAUAUGUCUCAUCAAAAUGUAAUGGAGCACUAAAGUGUAUGUGAUUGGAUAACGAGUUGUAUUAUGGAGUAGUAAUCUAGUUAGAUAAAUCAGUAUGUGUUAGAAACAAUACCAUUAAUAGUUUUAUUUUCGAUAAUAAAUGUGCAUUAUAAACGGGAAUAACCCAAUCAUUGAUCUUAAUACAAUUUGAAAUUGUGAGUUAUCCACAAAAUAUCAGAGUUAAAAACAAUUUUUUACAUUAUUUAAAUAGGAAAUUCUAGAAACUGGGAAAAAGUUUGAGGUAUCAAUGAUUUUGAGUUAAACAAAUUUAAUUGUAUUUUUUAAAUUGGUAAAUUGAUUAUUUUUUUAAGAUGUUGUUUCGUAUGGGAAUUACGGUUAUAUCACCUAAGUUACCAGAAGAUAAACGUGUGUGUUUGUUCUGUCAUCAAUUUGGAGAUGGUGUUUCAGAUGGACCUUCUAGGUAUGUUAAACUUUAAACUCUUAAAACUCCAUAAUUAUUCAAAAUGUAUUAUAUGGUGUAUUUAUUGACUUAGAUUAUUAAACUUUGACGUUGAUAAAUGGGUACACUUGAAUUGUGCCUUGUGGUCUGAAGAUGUUUACGAAACUGUUAAUGGAGCUUUGAUGAAGGUUGAUAUUGCUUUACGUCAAUCACUUAGUGUUGAAUGUAUAGUAUGUCAACGGUCUGGUGCAACACUGAAAUGUUAUAAACUUAGGUGUUCCUCAAAUUACCAUUUACCUUGUGCUGUUAAAGACGAUGCUGUGUUCUAUAAAAAUAAGACCCUGUACUGUAGUGGCCACGCUCCAAAGAGUGAUAAAGAAAAUGAACUCACCACAUUAUCUGUGCAUCGCCGCGUUUAUAUUAAUAGAGAUGAGAAUCGACAAGUUGCUGCUGUAAUGCAUCAUUCAAGUUCACAUCAGUUUCUUUUACGUGUUGGUAGCCUAACACUUCUCAAUAUUGGUCAACUCUUGCCUCAUCAAUUGGUAGCUUUUCAUACACCUACUUCUAUAUAUCCUAUUGGUUUUAAAGUAGUAAGUUAUUUAAAAAUCAAUUCAUGGCUAAUUCAUAAAAUAAAUAUGAUUUUUCAUGUUUGUUAAGGUUCGUCUAUUUUGGAGUAUGCGUGUACCAAACAAACGUUGCAAAUACAUAUGUUCUAUCCAUGAGGUAAACGCACGACCAGAGUUUAGAAUUAUUGUUCAAGAAAUGGAUAAUGAAGAUCUAGAGCUUAAAGAUUCAAGUCCUAGAGCGGUUUGGGCAAGAGUUUUAUCAGCCAUUGCUAGCAUGAGAAAUAUGAAUAAUUUGCUCAAAUUACAUCCACAACAUGUAAGCGGCGACAGUUUAUUUGGGCUUACUGAACCUGCGAUUGUCCGUGUUUUGGAAAGUUUGCCUGGUAAGAGAUUUAUGUGUAAUCAAUUGAUAAAAAUGAAAAAAGACAUAAACUAGACACCAAAUGAUAUUUGAAAUUGAAUGUUAUAUUAUUCAUUUUUUUUUAAAUUAUAAUAUGUUUACUAUAUUUAUAUUUAUAAUGACAAUACAGUUACAGUUGGUUUUGUAAGUAGAUAUACUACAGUUGUGGCCGAUUUUAUUUUUAAAGAAUUUGGAAGUAAUAAUUUUCUUUGUCUUACACAUGUACAAUAUAGUAAUUUACAACGUGUUCUAUUUUCAACAUAUCAAUAUUGAACUGAUAAGAAUUCUGAAACAUUUGAACUUUUCAUCAAAUCUACUUAAACUAGACUUUCAAAUUUAUUUGAUAUUUUAUUUUAAUUUCUCCAAAAAUUAAAAUACACCAUUUUUUAUUAUGGUGUUUUUUUUUUUAUAAGAUUUAGGGAAUAAAAUCAAAAAUGUGGGACAAUCAAUUUCAAGUACACUUAAUAAUAAAUUCAAAUCUGUUUUCAGAAAUUUUAUUUUUUUACUUGACCAAUUAAGUAUGUUGGAAAUAGAACAAUUUUAAUUCCUAUGUUCCUUUCAAUUCUUAUGUGUGCAAGACAAAGAAAUCACCGAUUCCAAAUCCCUUAAGAUAUAUAUUUAUUAUUAUCAACUUUUAAUAAUUUCAAAUGAUUUACUAUCAUAUUGUUAUUAUUAUUUUAUUUUUAGGUAUUGAGACAUUGACUGAUUACCGUUUCCGUUAUGGGCGUAAUCCUCUUCUAGAACUUCCUUUAGCUAUCAAUCCGAGUGGUUGUGCCCGUUGUGAGGGCCGUAGACGGAUUGUUCUUCCUGGAAAACUACGAUCACAUAUACCUAGAUCUUUUACAUCAUCUCAUGGUUCGUCAUUAGUAAGUCAGUUAGACUUAUCCGCUCCUCCUACUUGUCCGUAUUCUAAACAUUUCGUUCAUUCAAAAUCCUCACAAUAUAAAAAAAUGAAACAGGAGUGGAGGAACAAUGUUUAUUUAGCUAGGUAACUUUUUUUCUUAUUGUAAUUAUUAAUAAGUUAUUUUUGUUACUCGUUAAUAAUCAAAUAACAUUUUUAAUAGAUCCAAAAUCCAAGGUUUAGGAUUGUACGCUGCUAGAGACUUAGAAAAACAUACAAUGGUUAUUGAAUAUAUUGGUGAAAUUAUACGAUCACAGUUAUGCGAUUAUAGAGAAAAACUCUAUGAAGCUAAGGUAAAAAUGUUACUGGUAUUAUUUUUGUUUAUCUGUUUAACAUUGUUUAUUUUAUGAUAGAAUCGUGGUAUAUACAUGUUCCGGCUAGAUGAUGACCGAGUGGUUGAUGCUACAAUUAGUGGAGGUCUGGCUCGUUAUAUCAAUCACUCGUGUAAUCCAAACUGUGUAACCGAAAAAGUGGAAGUAGACAGAGAGCUUCGAAUUAUAAUAUUUGCUAAGCGAAGGAUUGCUAGAGGCGAAGAGGUAAUAUUUUUUUUUGUCAAUAGUAUCAUCAACAUCCUGAAUUUUUUUUGUUAUUUAAGCUUGCAUAUGACUACCAAUUUGACAUUGAAGAUGAUCAACAUAAAAUACCAUGUAAUUGUGGUGCUCCCAAUUGUCGUAAAUGGAUGAAUUGAUACAGUUUUAGCCAUAUAAGUAUUUUUACCAUUUAUUAUUUUAUUUUUUUUACCAUUAUAUAAUUGUCAUAAUAUACAUACUAAACUUAAUAAUUGUAGUUAUAAUAAUAUAAAUAAUAUUGUUAUGUCGUUUCAUGUACACAAUUUCUGUGAUAGGAUCAAAUUAUAUAUAUAUAUAUAUAUAUAUAUAUUUAUAUAUAUAUAAUACUUUUAAAACUGAAUGAUUAUUGUAAAUAAUAAUUUUGCAGUAGAUGCAAAAUGCUAUUUUUGUAAUUAUCAUAAAUAUUAUCUUGUAUGUAUAAAUCUAUUAUUUUAAAUUAUUAUUAUAUAAUGUAUCAUAAAAUAUAUAUUUAUUGUAAAUUAUCGUUUUAAGGACGAAAACAACAACAAAUAAUGAUCUCUUUACAUGAGACAAGACUUGAUAUCAUAAGUUUUUGUUGGUGUUUGUAAAAAAAAAAAAAAAAAAAAUAAAACAAGCAAAACAAUAAUUUGGGUGUUGGUGUAGUGAAAAAAAAAAAAAUGAG